AUGCAUAAACUUUAUGUCAAAAAAAUGCCGCGAAUCGUCAAUCAAUAAAAACAGCAUGUUGUGUCAAUAAAAAUUGCAAAUCCCGGUGCGGGAUAAAAAAGAAAAUAUAACUUCUAUGGAAAUUGAAAUUACAGAAGCCACGUACGAACUGCAGGAAAAAUCAUCCGUUCAGUGUAUUAAAUUGCACAGUCAUACAAAAUGAUGUUUAUAUCGAUAAAAUUUAUAAUACUUCUGAUCGCUGCAGUUGUAAUAUACUUCUACACGUCGCUACACUUAUUCAAGGCAGUGUACAAAGCGUCAGACGUUAUUAUUGAUGAACUAUUUCACAUACCGCAAGGAAUCGCUUUCUGUGAGCGUAAUUUCACGAGAUGGGACCCCAAAAUAACUACUUUACCAGGUCUUUAUGUAGCUUCAACCAUUAUAUCUUUUUUUAACCUAGAUUGUAACACAUAUAACCUACGUUUCGUAAAUUUACUCGCGUCAUGCAUGAAUUUAGUAAUCUUCUCUUUUCUGUUGAAGUUUAUAUACGGACACACGGGGAGUCAAAUUAAGAUUGUUCUACAAGCUGUUAGUUUGGCUAUUCUUCCUCCAUUAUACUUUUUCUCCUUUGUGUACUAUACUGAAACUCUGUCUCUGCUUAUGUUGUUAAUUUUUUCUAUAUCGUCAAUUGUUUUAAAGAGUUACUGGCUUGUGUUUUUAAAUGGAGGGUUGUGUGUGUUAGUUCGGCAGACAAAUGUCGUUUGGAUAGCCAUGAUGUUUGGGCAUAGAGUCAUCGACUUGUUUAUACGUAGCUCAAGGGUCUAUGGAAACCAGUAUUUGAACAAGACAGCGAUUCGUCGAAGUAUUAUCGCUAAUAACAUAGAUUCGUCUAAAUUAAAGCGAUACUACAACCUAAGUGAUGUAUUUAUAGCUGUAAAAUAUCAUAUAAGUACAUGUUUUGUUAAUGUGUUCAAGUUUUUAUCGUUAUCUGAAUUCGUUAUAAUGUUUCAACAUGCGUUAGUGUUGCUAGGUUUUGUAGUUUUCGUUUAUAUUAACGGUUCGAUUGUAGUGGGUGAUAAAAGCGCACAUGAGGCAACACUGCACUUGCCACAGAUGCUGUAUUUCCUACUAUUUUAUGGUGUGUUUGGGUUGCCAUAUGUAUUGGCUAGGUUUUCGUCUACUUUGAAGUUAAUAUCACGUAAUAAACUUAAGGUUGUGUUAUUAGCUGUUUUGUUCACAGCUAUAGUUCAUUUUAAUACCUUAGUACAUCCAUAUCUCUUAGCCGAUAAUAGGCAUUAUACUUUCUACAUUUGGAAUCGCUGGUUUGGAAAAUAUGAAUACGCGAAAUAUGCAAUGAUACCAGCGUAUAUUUUCCUCCUCUUUAGUUUAUAUGAUAAUUUAAGAGAUCAGAAUUGCGUUGCGUUUUUACUGCCAUACACAAUAGCGUUGUUUUUAACUGUAGGGUUGCAAAAACUUCUUGAUGUGAGGUACUUUUUGGUUCCCUAUUUAAUCAGUAGGUUACGAUUCGCAAAGUCUUCGUAUAAGGUUGCCACUUUCGAGUUUUUGUGGUACUUGGCUAUCAAUGUUGGUAUGUUUUAUGUGUUUUUCAAUAAGGAAGUUAAGUGGGUAGAUUUUAAUGCGCCACAACGGAUAAUUUGGUAGAUUCCGGUAGUUUUAAGUAAGACAUUCCCAAAAAUUGUUAAACAUAUUAGAUAGUAAAACUUUUAAGGUAUUUUUUUUUUGUUUCGUCAUGCAAGUGUGGAUUGAAUUAAAAUGUAUUUUCUGUUUAUAAGGACAUUAAUUUUGUAUCUAU